CUCAGGUAUGAUACAGAAAUAAGUUAGGGUAUGACGUGGACCAAUUAGAAAGGUGCAGGUGGCAAGGAAUUUAUUUUAAGUUAUUUCAAUUUUUAAUAACCGAAAAAGGGAAAAAGAAAUUAAAGUUAACCUUAGUUAACCGAAGUUAACCCAAGGUGGCAGGUAGUCAGAGUUGAAUGACUACUCCACUUUUCACCUUCCCAAAAUUAUCUUCCCUUGCAUCAGCUUUAUCUUCCCGGAGAAGCUUUACUAUUCCCAAACAAAGACCAAGCUCAGUGCAACUCCGCCGGUCCUUUCUCCUCUGAACUUCAAGGUACCGCUUAGUGUUUUGUCUCACUCUUUCCCUUUCCCCUCUCUUCCUCCUUUGUCGUUACGUUUUUCAGUUUCAGUUUAAGUUUUCCGUUUUGUCUCUGAUGUCGGUUUCCAUUUACUUGUCGUUUUAAUCGUUUGGUUUUUUGUUUUGUUUACAUGCUUUGGUGCGUGUUCGUGUCUUGUUCGUGAAGGGUGGUAAAGCACGAUCCUUUUGUCGCUUCUCUUUCAUUAUCUGACGACUGUCACAAGUUUAAGAAAUGGCCUCCCAAUCAUUUACUUCCCCUAGAUCUGGAAAUUUUGUUAAUGAUGGAAGGCGUUGCAAGUGUGGUGUUUAUCCGACCCUUAAGACGUCAUGGACUAAGUUCAACUAUGGGCGCACUUUUUAUCAAUGCCCUACUGGGGGGUGCAAUUAUUUUGAUUGGGCUGAAGGUCCUACUCAAGCUGUGGAUGAAGUACCUCAAAUGAACCAUUCUACUGUGAGUAAUUCACAAAGUAACAAGGAGACCACUGCUGCUCAGAUUGAGGAAGCCACUUUUAAAGUUUUGCUAGCUGAUGCAAGGAGGAGGGAGGAAGCUUAUGAGCAGGUUAUUAGGGGCACUUGGGUGUUUGUUUUGGUUUGUAUUGUGCUUGUGAUUGUUGCAAUAGCUUUUGCAAGCAAAAUGGGUUAAGUUUAAGUGUCUGAAAUGUAGUACGUAUUUAAGACUUGAAACUUAUAUGUUUUGUUGCAAUAGCUUUUGGUUCCAUGUUUCUACGUAGCUUAUAUGUCUUUAUGUAAUGAUCUACAUUUGGCCCAGAACCAUAAUUUAUGCUAUCAUGAAGUUUAGUAUGGAAACA